AUGGAACGAUUGAGAAACAUCAAAGAAUCCGGCAUUAUUCCCAAUCUCAAUGACGGACUUCAUAAAGCUGAAGGCUGGUGGAAAAAUCGACAAGAUCAUGUUAUACCCAUCCGAGUAAUUCAAUCUUCUCCAUCACCAAUAAUCGAAAAUCCUGGUCAAUUAAUUUUAACAGUGGUUCGCGCUGAAGAUUUACAUCAAUCACGAUUAUCGAAAUUAACUCAACGUACAACUAUCGUCGAACGGCCUUACGUUGUGAUCGAAUGUAAUCAUCAACGAUUUCAAACGGCACAAGCAGAUACGAUUUCAACAAAUCGAAAUCCGCAAUGGACGUUUGAUAGCGGCCCAUUCGCUUUCAAAGUAAUGAAUUCUAAUACUGAUCGAGUGACGAUUUGGAUUCAACAAGAUGAUCCAGUUCAUGCCGUCGCACGUAAUGCUCGAAAAGUGUUGGGAAUAUGUGAUAUCAACGUUCGACACUUUCUCGAUCAGGAACGAGUUUGGAUGCCCUUGCGAAGAGACAAUCGCCCUGCUGGACAACUUCUACUGAAAGUUUCGUUUGUUGCCGUAGAAAAAAAGUGA